CGAAUUUACGAAACAGAGAAAGUGCACAAUCAUGAGUAGCAAUGGCUCGGAUAUUGUCUCGCAAGAGAUAGCAAAUCUUGAUAUCAACGAUGGCGCAAGAGACGCUUUCGCCAUGUACGAUUCAGCACCUCCUCCUGCUCCCAAGUUGAAGAGUAAAGGAGUCAUAGCCAUGGAUAUGACGGCCGAGUUUGCCAACGCCGCCCAGCAGCUCGAUGUUGGGCAACUCGUCAAAGACCCCUAUUUUACCUUAUUUGAAUCUGUUGGUGCCUUAGAGAUAAUGGACCGAAAGAUGGACAGCGGUUGUCUCGAGCCUGGAGAAACCAUGGAAGAUGAAUACGAUUUCAGUCAAAGCCUACUUCCUGAGGAGAUAAUUGGGAUCAUUGAUCAGCUAUUGUGUCAUGAAAUGGCCUGGCAUAUGGGCUAUCCUCUCGCACAAACGAUCUUCACAAGCCUCUACAUCGACAAAUUGCUGUCACCCUGCCCGCUAAGCAUCCAGCAAACGUAUUUUGACACUCGGCAUGGCUCUAGCAUCCAUGAGCCACUGACUGUCCGGAUUCUAAGAGCAUACUGUUUGGGCCUAAUCAAGACCUGCUCUUACAUCAACAACCGUGUCAAAGCAGAGCACUUCUACGAGGAAGAAGAUUUCGUCACGCAUACGUUCAACAGAAGUUUGCUCGAGGGAAUCGAACACGAUGACAUAUUUCAAUUUCUUGAGGAGACCACGAGACUCCUAGCGAUCUCCGACGAUGUGUCACCAGAUGUCAAAAAAGCCCUUGACUGCCGUCUUCGAUUUCGAGCACAGUUCCUAGAGACUGUGGAAGUAGCCGAUUCUAGUACAUCCGAUGCUAUCGCACAGCACUGGAAGACACUAGGAGAAUUCUUACCAUUUCUGAAGUCUUCGAGUAAGUUCGGCAAACCAAGCCCAUUCUCGUUCAGUGUCAAGAUUCAGCGAAAGUUGGCGAGUACGGUGCCUCCACGACCAAUUGUGCAAGUCAGUCAAGAAUCCUCUUUUGAUCACCUGGAAAGACUCUGCCGAGAUGCAGCUGUGGCUGUCGAAGUCCUCAAUUAUUAUAACAGCCAGAGUCUCCUAACUUUUGUCAUCUUAUUUCAAGGUCGAAAGCCCCAGCCAUCGGUCUAUGUACGCACACUGCUACAACAUUACAUAUUUGCAGAUAUGAUAAUGCUGGGUGACAAAUCUAUUCGCCACAUCCUUGAUGACGAUUUGGCAUCUACCGUUCUCCCCAACCACAAGCUUUUGGAUCGUGAUAAUGAUGAUAUAGAAGUCCCGCACGAUCUCCGGCACCAGAUGGCACUUCGCAUGGAGACAUUCCGUGCGCGAGCGGCAGGCUCAUACCUAGAUCUACUUCGCACAAUUUGCCAAAACAGAUGUCGAAUACGACGGAGCUUAUGUCACACAAUUGUGGACUGGGAUACUCUUCAACUUGAUGCUGAGGAGCUUGAUGUGGAGCUGAGGGACUUUACCAUGGAAGCACCAAUUUUAGACCAACAGAUCUCAACGGAACCCAUAUACUCAUUUCCACUGUCGUCAUGGGCUUAUUUCUACAAGCUUAAGCAAAUGGAAUGGAUAGUGCAGAUGGGAUUCGAGCUCGAGACUUAUCAGCAGGACGAGCUGGCAGGAAUGUAUUGGUACCUCCAAUACUUGGUCAGAACUCGAUAUCGUCACCUCGAGCGGAUUAGAGGCUUCGAUGUGCGCGGCUUUGCUGCUGCUCGCAAGGAUCCUAAGGUACCCAGCAAUAAGAUCUUAGAGUAUACGAGAGCUGUAUCCUUCAUCGAUUUCUCUAGCAUGGAAGCUGCUGCAACGUAUGGCUUUGCAGAUUCGCUUUCCUCUUUAUUCACAGUCCUCAGUCGAUUAUCUCUUAUCAAAUCACCUCCUCGACCUUAUAGCAACGACUCCAUGCGAUAUGAAGUACGAAUGAAGCCUUUCCUCGGCAUUGGUCUUCCGGAGCUGGUACCAUUCGACGAGCUGACCCGGACGAUAAUGCAACCCGAAGAAUCAAAUCUCGACCUUCUCAAAUUUGCAAGCGAGUGUGCGGUUGGAGCGAAGAAGGGAUUCGAGGUGUUGACUAAACUCAGUGCUAAGGAUGCGUACUGCCAAGGUUCCCAUGAGAGCUGGCUGAACAACAUCAAAGCUUGUUUGAAGGCUUGCAUAUUCACCAGCAUCACGAUUGCGUCUGUGAAGAAGGCAGUAGAGGUAGCAGGAAUCGAUGGGCGACCUAAGAUUAAGAUUGAGAUACCUCCAUCCGGCAAAGGAUAUCAUGAUUGGUGGAUUGUGCCGAAAGUCGUCCCUGUAUCAUAAUGUUAUGCUAGGUCACAUAGUCUGCCUUCUCAUCCCUGCUAUGAAUCAAAU